AUGGCUCAACGCGUGCUAAAGCGAGCCGAUUGGACGAUCGUUGUGCAUCGCAAUGAACGAGCUGAUGACGAUGCAGCGGUGAAGAGUUACAUUGAAGAUGCUUGGAGGAGAAAGCGAGAUAGUGUCGCUGUCGUUAUAACUCAGAUUGAUAAAGUCAAUGAGUUGAAAGACAAGCGCACCGAGUUCAAGGUCGAUGAAGAAGAGGACCUUCAAUAUUUGAGCGAGCAAGAAAAACAUAUCAACUCCGAAAUGACGAAAAUCAAGAAGCAGCUUAAGACCACUCCACGAAAAUCUGAAUUUCUCAUUACGUUGAAUGAGCAAAGGGAUCUCUAUGCCAUUCAUGAGAAGCACAUUGACAUAAAACGACUGGAGAUUCUAAUUGCCCGACGUAGUCGCCAGCUGGAGCACGAGUUUCGCACGUUCCAUAGCGCACUUACCAAAGGCACAUAUGCCGGCGGUGCCCAUGAACUGCCCGUCUUUUGCGUCACCAGUACUGAGUACAUGAAGCAUUUGGAACCUUACUCGCCGUUAGAACCGCCAGGCGUAAGUGUUCAGCGUUCAGGCAUUCCUGCCCUACGACAUUUUCUCCUAAAUUUGCCGCACAAAUCUGGCCGGUCAUUAGCCCUCAAGCGUCAUUGUGACAUCCGAGUCAGGGCAUUGCUGAGCUCAAUGGCACUAUCGUGCUCUGGGUUCAGGCCGAUGUUAAGGCGUGAAUUGCUAAGGAAGGUUGUGACUAAUGCUGUCGAAAGCAUGCUUAUGUGCUGCGGCAGGGUGAUAAAAGAAUUCUGUUCAGAUAACAUCCUUGAGGUCAAGGAUAGAUUCGAGAUACGUGAGAGCAUCUGGAUUGAAAAGGCUGAAGCAUUGUGCGACAAGUGGGCGAAAUACAACCCUGCAGGACAUCUUGCAUUCGUCCGAAAUGAGGGCCAUUGGAAGACAAGUGCCUGUGGCACAGCAAACUGGAAUAACUCUCUGAUCCAAAUUAUGCGGGAUGAUAUGGAGCCUGUCCUGAACCAUUUGUGCGACCACGGACUACCUCAUCUUCGUUCUGAAUUUCUCCUCACAUUCGAUGAUAUCUUGGAGGAUAUGCAAACCCAAAUUAGGCAAUGUCUCCGCAAUACUGUCCAACAACAGGUCAAGUCCGCAACAUAUCUGAGAUUCUUCGAUACCCUUGAAAAGCAGAAGGGUAGCAUUACAGCCAGUAUGGACUCUCUCGUGGAACCACUGCAACGAUCAACACGGCUUCUCAUCUCUAAAUGCAUGUCAAACAACGAGACUGCACCCUUUACAGCAAACAUGCAAUCAUUAUACCUUGAAUGCGAACAAUCACAAGCCACCAAAGGCAAGGGCAAGAGAAUGACCAAGCAUGCCGUUCGAUGCGAAACAUUCAAAAUGGGGGUAUGCGACCGGAGGAAGGGCCCGUACACGGAGGUUAAGACCUGCUUCUUGAACAAAUUUGGCAGUGUGUUCACUAAAUGGGAAACACGCCUGAGGACGGAAAUCUAUCCAAUCAUAGAGCAGAUCGAACAUGACUUCAAUCAAGUGUUCCCCGAAAGAGAAGAGAGUUCGCUCUCUAAAGAGAGUCAAGCAGUAAUUGGUGCUGCUGUCAGGAAAGCACAAGCAGUUCUUGACGGACCCAUUCGAGAGUCUCUUGCAAAAGCCGGCAUUCCAAUGGAAUCAACAAUGCCCAACAUGGUGCAGAAUUAG